CAGGAACCUAGCCAUUCCUACUAAGGCUAUCCCUCAAGUUUUCACAUGACUACCAAUUUCUUUGACAUAAUGCUUAUCUCAAAUUGAUACUCUCAUCUUUCUCAAAAAAAAAAAAAAAAAAAAAAUUGAUACUCUCAAAUUGUUGGUAGUGAUAUAGUGCUAGAACUUCAUAGGAUACCGAAAUGGUUCUUAAGAAUAUUUACAAUGACCAAUCAUCUUACUUGUUAAGUAGCCUUAGAAGGAAACUCCGGCACCUCUACUCAAAGAUACGGUGGUUGAUAUGGAAGCGGCCGAGGCCAAAAGUUGUCAUCAAGAGGCUUGUAAAGUGGAACUCUAAACUUCAGUCUAAAGUACAACCAGGCACCAAAAGAUCUACAAUUCAUAUAAAUGGCAAACCGGGUCAUUUUGUACCUGAAAGGCCAAUUAGAAUUGCCACAUUCAAUGUUGCCAUGUUCACCUUGGCACCUGCUGUACCAAAGGCUGCGAAACCAGUUAGCAUCAAUCACGGGGAGAAUAUGUUUAAGAGUUCCAUGCUGAAUGAUUUUCAGGCUAAGUCUAUGAAUUCUCAUCCCAAGAGUAUCUUGAAGCAAUCACCUAUACGUGCCACACUGACUAGUCCUGAACGUGUUUCUAAGCAGAAGAAGAUCACAAGAUCAAAGUUAAAGGUUUCUAUUAAUCUUCCUGAUAAUGAGAUCUCAUUAGCAAACACUAAGUUGCUUAGUUCUGUGGAAGAUGAGCAAGAGGAAUCAUCAAGCAUGACUCCAAAAAGAGUCCACAGUAGUGGGAUUCCAGCGAGGUCUCCUGUGUGCUUUCCUUCUAGUAUGAUUAUUAGUCAGAGUGAUGACUUCCUGGGAAGUGGUAGGACCAUCCUGGAAGUACUCAAAGAGUUGGAUGCUGAUAUAUUGGCUCUGCAAGAUGUGAAGGCAGAGGAAGGGAAAGGCAUGAAACCUCUUUCUGAUUUGGCAGCUACCUUGGGUAUGAAUUAUGUGUUUGCUGAGAGCUGGGCUCCAGAGUAUGGUAAUGCUGUCUUCUCCAAAUGGCCAAUUAAGAGGUGGAAAGUUCAGAAAAUUGCUAAUGAUGAUGAUUUCAGGAACUUGCUAAAGGUCACAAUUGAAUUGCCAUGGGGUGGAGAAUUUGACUUCUAUUGCACCCAACUUGACCAUUUAGAUGAGAAUUGGAGGAUGAAGCAGAUGAACGCAAUAAUUCAAUCAACUGAUUGUCCGCACAUAUUGGCAGGUGGUCUUAAUUCUCUCAAUGCAUCAGAUUACUCAUCAGAAAGAUGGACAGAUAUUGUCAAGUAUUAUGAGAAGUUAGGAAAGCCUACUCCAAAGGUAGAGGUGACGAGGUUUUUGAAGGGAAAAGGGUACGCAGAUUCACAGGACUUUGCAGGGGAAUGUGAGUCAGUGGUCAUCCUGGCCAAAGGCCAAAAUGUGCAGGGUACAUGCAAGUAUGGAACUCGAGUGGACUACAUUUUGGCAUCAUCAGAUUCACCAUACAAGUUUGUUCCGGGCACAUACUCAGUCAUUUCAUCCAAAGGUACCUCUGACCACCACAUAGUUAAGGUUGACAUAAAGAAAGUACGCGAGAGUGCUCAAGAAAUUGCCAUCAGACGAGGGAGGAAGCUAAAUCAAAGGGUUGUGAGAAUCACAAACCUCUCUUCUUUAAGACGCAUUUGGCGAUUAAAGGGUUUCUAUUACAAUGAUUAAAUUUCAAUAUGGUGAUGUCUCAUUUUGAUGGGUAUGUGUAUGUGUAAAUAUAUUACAUUAUAUUUUACUAACUGCUUGUUUGUGG